CUCUCUCUCUUAUCUCUAGUUUCUAGUCCUCUGAAAUUUAUUUCAGAAUGCCUAGCAUUUCAGUGGCUACGGAGGAUACCAAGAAGCCAUUGGGCAAUGCAGUUGCUGCUCAAUUUCGUUAUUCGAAAGAAAGCGAUUCGUCAUUAUUAGCAGACGUCAAGAACAUCGACGUCCAACCUUCGUCUUUUGCUACCAAUGUUACUCCAUCAACUACGUCGUCCUGUCUAUCCUUGAAGAGAAAACGACCACCCAAGAUUGAGAUUCCUCAGGUCUUGCGAGAAAUACAGACAGACAAGCUUCUCCUCAAGGACAAGACGAUCGAAGACCAACCUCUGGGAUUCGAUGGGGUCGAAGUUGGGGUUUCCUCCAUGAAAGGGAAGAAAAAGGUGAUGGAAGAUACCCACAAGAUUGUUUCUGCCUUACAUGGGGAUUCUAGGAAGGGGUUUUUCGGGGUUUAUGAUGGACACGGAGGUACAAGGGCGGCGGAAUUUGUUGCGGAGAAUUUACACAGAAAUAUACUCGAAAUGCUGGAUAAGAGUAGAGGGCAUAUGCACAAGGAAGAUGCAAUCAAAGCUGCUUAUCUCAAGACGGACCAAGACUUCUUGAAACAGGGUUUAGGCAGCGGCACCUGCUGUGUGACUGCGCUGAUUGAAGGGGGUGAUAUUUUUAUUUCAAACCUGGGAGAUUGCAGGGUAGUUCUCUGUAGAGAUGGCUUGGCUGAAGUCCUCACUCAAGACCACAGAGCUGGACAGGAGGAUGAGAGGAACAGAAUUGAAGACAAGGGAGGCUAUGUAGAGAUCCACAGAGGAGCUUGGAGAGUCCAUGGGAUACUUUCUGUUUCUAGAAGCAUUGGAGAUGUUCAUUUGAAGGACUGGGUAAUAGCCGAGCCUGACACAAAGACCCUGCAUUUGACUCCAGACAUGGAAUUUCUUGUCCUGGCCACAGAUGGACUGUGGGAAAAGGUGGGUGGUCAGGAAGCUGUUGAUACUGCAACACGCAGCUGUUUGGCUGCAAACAAGCAAAGAUCAACUGUUAACCUUUGGAAAGAAGAUGAUGAUGGGUUUGGUUGUGAGAAUUUAAGUCCUCCAUCCAAAGCACGUAGGAUUUCGCUGGUCAAGCAACAGAAAGUGAAGAUUCAGUCUCCAAGUAAAGAAAGUGGCAGAUAUAAGAAAAAUAAUCUUAGGAAAGAUGAAAAUGAGUCUAGUGGUGAGAACCUGAGUCCGUCAUCGAAGUUACAAAAGAUUCCAUUGAUCAAGCAACAUAAAGUGAAGAUUCAUGUGCAAAAUCAAGAGAACAACCACUUUCAGCAGAGAAAUUCCGGCGGGCUCAUGGCAGCUUGUAAGGAGCUUGUGAACCUUGCUGUGAGCAGAGGAAGUUUGGAUGAUAUCACUGUGAUGAUCAUUGAUCUAGAGAAAUUCAAAUGCAAGAGCUGUGUUUCUGAUUCGAUUGGAUCAACAAUCCCCCUUUCUUAUCUGAUUGAUUUUUCAAGUAAUUGGGAAAUGCAAGACCCAAUUGGGAUUCAUGCUUGCUUUUCAUCUGGAGAAAAGGCGAUUGAUGAUCCAGCCGCCGUGACCAGGUCAGGCCAGAGUGUCUUCGUGUCUGUCUACAGAACAAAGAUUGCCGGUCAGUGCCGUCUCAUCUCCAUCACAUGGUGUAAGAAUCUACUGCUCCAUGGCCUUUCCGUUUCAGUGGAAGGGCCGGAAGGUGAGAACCACUACACCUGCAAGGUCGAACUGAAGCCAUGGUACUUCUGGAGGAAACAAGGUUCCAAGCGUUUCAUGGUGGAAGGCAAGGCCGUCGACGUCUUCUGGGAUCUAAAGAUGGCCAAGUUCGACGGAAAGACAGAGCCUCAAUCGGAUUACUAUGUCGCCGUUGUCUGUGAAGAAGAAGUCGUGUUGUUGCUUGGGGACCUGAAGAAGGAUGCUUACAGAAAGACAAGGUUCCGGCCAUCGCUGAUCGAUCCCAUCCUGGUUUCAAAGAAAGAACAUAUAUUUGCUAAGAAGAAAUUCUCUACAAGGGUUAAGUUCCAUGAGAAAGGCAGGUUUCAUGAGAUUUCCAUAGACUGCAACAACCUGAACCACCAUAAUUGUACUGGUGGGCUUGAUCCAGAAAUGGAGAUAAAGAUAGAUGGGCACUUGGUCAUUCAUGUGAAGCAUCUCCAAUGGAAAUUCAGAGGUAACGAAUCUAUAUCCAUGAGUAAAUUUAGAGUGGAAGUGUAUUGGGAUGUCCAUGACUGGUUAUUUAGUCCUGGUCUACACCAUGCAUUGUUCAUAUUCAGGCCGAUAUCAUUAACCGCAUUUCCAUUAUCAACAUUGUUAUCAUUGUCAUCGCCGCCGUCGACUCCAUUGUCAUCAUCUCAGACGGCGAGUUCAAGCUCGUUAGAGGGAGAUAAUCCAAAUGGGUUAUUUGGGUUUUGCUUAUUUCUCUAUGCUUGGAAGGUGGAAUAA